UACUAAUUACAGAUGAUUCAAAAUAGGAUUUACACGUCAGAUUGGAUUAUAUUUGUGUAUCCUGUAUGUAGAUAAAAGGAGAAAAGAAAUUGUAAAAUGAAAAUGUUUGUUUUAUGAAGAAUAUGGGGACAAAUUAAAAAGAUGUAUAAUUGGAGGACUGUGAAGUAUUCUGUUAUUAUUUGUAUAUGCUGUUUAAGAUUAAGUACAUGUUCAGUUAACUUAGCAUUUAAGAAACCAGCUCUUCUCAGUUCCAAUUACACAGGGUCGGAUGGGAUGAUAUAUUUUACAGCCGAUCAAGCUGUAGAUGAAAACACAAGUGAUGUAUUUGGGACACCCGAAGUUCCUGCAGGGACAUGUACCCAUACCCGUCAGACUACAAACUCGAAACCAGUAUAUUGGCAAGUGGACCUCGGACAGCUCAGUAUUGUAACACGGGUGAAAAUAGCGUACAGAAAUGAUCGCAGCGAUAGAAUGAAUGGUUAUACUAUUACAUUUUCAAACGAGACAUUAGCUAACGGUAUAGUGUGUUAUCAGGAUACAUUUGCUGGAAAGCCAUUGACAAAUGAUCAGCAUAAUUGUACAGUAAUUGGUAGAUAUGCUCGAUACGAUAACAACAUAGGGUUCGCCGAAAUUUGUAAUUUUGAAGCCUAUGGUUGUCCAGUUAGUUUAUAUGGUACAAAUUGUGCAAUGUCAUGUCCAGCCAACUGUUUGUCUUCUACCUGUAACCCUGACGACGGAUAUUGUAUUGGUGGUUGUCGACCUGGUUGGCAGGGAAAUACGUGUCAACAAGUAUGCGAUGAUGACACUUACGGAUUAGGAUGCAGCAAUAAUUGUUUCUGUAGAGGUUCUGCUUGUGAUAAGAUGACAGGAGUAUGUCCAGUCGGAGGAUGUCUCAGAGGCUACAGUGGGAUUUAUUGUAAUGAAACAUGUACAGGUAACCUGUUUGGGUUCGACUGUUUGUCUGUUUGUAACUGUGCUGGAUCUGACUGCUUUCCAGAUAACGGAACGUGUUUUAGUGGAAGUUGUUUGCCUGGAUGGAGCUUGGAUUCUUGCAGUCAACCAUGUCCUCCGAAUAUGUUUGGUCAGAACUGUAACAACAGCUGUGGUAAUUGUGACCGCGGAAGAACAUGUAAUCCCGUGACUGGUAUAUGUGAUAAUGGUUGUGCAGAUGGUUGGUUGGGAAAGUAUUGUAAUAUUUCAUGUGAUCCAGGAUAUCAUGGUUUUAAUUGUUCGAAAGAAUGCGGAAAUUGUUAUAAUGGCACAAUUUGUAAUCAUCGGAAUGGACAUUGUCCUGGGCAGUGUGAUCCUGGUUGGCAUGGCAAUACAUGUCGGGCACUAACAAGCGAUUCUGCUGGGUCUUCAACAGUGACAGCCGUUAUAGUGAUAUUACUUUUAUUGUGCCUAGCUACAGGCCUGAUCGUAAUUUAUAUAAAAAGAAGAAAAAUAGCAACAAGACAAAGUUUUAAAUACAGUAAAUCGUUCGUAGAUUCCAGAGGAGACAAUGAUGACCAGAGCAGAAACUCAAAUGCACAGAAUACAAAUGAAGCAAUAUAUUACAACACGUCCCAAACAAUAGUCCCAGAAGAAAAACACAAUGACCUCCAAAAUAAUAUAGCUUUCACACCAGAUGAGGUUAUUUAUUCAAAUGAUGAAGGGGAAGAUAUUUGUACAAAUACUAAGAUAGAAGUUGACGAAAUGGCUGAAGUGAUUAAAAAUAAAAACAAACAAAUAUUUACUGAAGAAUACAAUCAACUUCCAGCUGGUCAUCAGUUUCCCCACGAAGAUGGAAAGCAUCCAAGCAAUAAAACCAAAAACAGAUUUUUAGCAACAUUCCCAUAUGAUAAAAAUAGAGUUAUCCUUCCUGCAAUUAAAGGUGUGGAAAAUUCUGACUAUAUAAAUGCCAGCUAUAUUGAUGGUCUCGAUAAAGAAAAAUCGUACAUCGCAUCACAAGGUCCUAAGAAAUCAACGGUGUCAGACUUCUGGCGUAUGAUUUGGAAAGGCAAAAUCGAAAAGAUUGUAAUGGUAACCAAUCUGGUUGAAGGUGCAAAAACAAAAUGUGAAAAAUACUGGCCGGAUACAGAUGAUCAUUUGACACACGGUCCUCUAUGUGUCAAAAACAACAAGGAGACUAAAUACGCUGCUUUUACUAUUAGAGAACUAACAAUAUCGAAUAAAAAGAGUGAAAAGGAAAGAACAAUACACCAGUACCAUUUUACCCGGUGGCCUGACCAUGGUACACCUGAUCCAUCACAACUGGUUCACUUCAAUAGCAGAGUACAACUUCGUAAUACAAACUCCGGACCAUUACUGGUUCACUGCAGUGCUGGAAUAGGAAGGACGGGGACGUUUAUUGGUUUACACGAGUUAACAAUCCACGGUAGAAAAACUGGUUGUUUAGACGUGUUUCAAUAUGCAAAGUUGAUGAGACAAGGACGAAUUAACAUGAUACAAACUCCUGAACAAUAUAUAUUUCUGCACGAGGCUUUAUUAGAGGCUCUAACUUACCCAGAAACAACAUAUUUCCGUGAAGACUUUUCUGAAAUUAGACAGGCAUUAUUUUCCUGUGACAGUCCUAUGAAUCAAACUAAACUGUGGAAUCAGUAUGAGCAUUUGAAAGCCAAAAAGCCUGUGUAUGAUGAUAAUUGCUAUACUGAUGCACUGUCGGAGAAAAACGAGUGUAAAAACCGGAACAAGGAAAUAAUUGCACACAAUAGAUAUCGUACCUACCUCAAUACAUAUGCUCCACCAAGAACAGACUAUAUCAACGCAAUCACUGUCCCAUCAUACAGAGAUUUAACAGGUUAUAUAACAACACAAAUACCUCUACCAGAUACUGUAGAAGAUUUCUGGAGUAUGAUUUACGAUCACGAUUGUGGCUGUGUAAUAGUGCUAGAUAAAAUACCAAAUGAUGUUACUUUUACACCACCAGAAAACGAAUUUAUGCGACUUAAAUCUUUUGUUGUUUAUUCUGAACGUGAAUUUCCUAGGAGUGAAAACAUUACAGAUUUUGAUGUAGUUCUAAGUCCCCAAGGAAGUAGCAAAGAAAAUGACAGGAAAAUAAAAAUGUUUAUUAGUACCAGAGAACAACAUGAUGUUAUACCAGACAACACAGAACUGUUUGUAUCAUUGUGUGAAUGUGUCAUUGAUUUUGAAACAACAAAUACACAAGAUUUCCCAGUAGUACUUGUGUGCCGAGACGGUGCUUCAAGGUGUGGUAUAUUUGCUGCCAUGACGAUAACCAUUCAGAGAAUACUAGUGGAUAAAGAUCUUGACAUUUUCCACGCCAUAAAAACAAUUCAACAAAGGCAGCCUCGAUUUGUUGAUUCAUUUGAGCAAUACAAGUUUAUUCAUGAAUUAGUAGAUGAUUAUAUGGAUUCUAAUCAGCUGUAUGUGAAUAUAUGAAUUUUGCGUGAAUUACUUACCAGUCCAACUGUUUUAUUUUAAAUUUUAAUCUUGCAAUAUCUGACAGUAAAUUUGUUGAUUAAAUAUUUGUCUCAUUUUUAUGUUUGUGUAUAUUUGUAUUAAUAAAGAUAAUAUGAAAGAGA